AAACAAAAUAGGGCGGAGGGAGAAGGCGAGGGGAGAUCUCGUGUUCAGCACACGAUCCUUCUGAAUUUUGUUGCUUCGGCCAGAUUCUUCGGUUGGAGAGAUUAGUUAUUAUUUAAUCCAAUGGACCCUCAAAUUGGCAAUUAUUUAUUGGAAUCAACAUGGGCAGCAAAUUCCUUCGAACAUCAGGAUGUAGAGAGAUGCCCAUUUUUGAGAAACAUUAGUGAAACUACACAAUUUUCCUUCUCAUCGGUCAAUUUUCUCGUGCCUGCUCGAGGAGCCAAAGGUCCCAUCUUUGAGGAUGGACCGAAUUUUGAAAUGGCAUUCAGGCUGUUCCAUGGCCAUGAUGGAGUUGUCCCUCUUUCUGGAAGGUCUCUUGUGUGCAACAACGUUCAAGAAUCUGAAUCUGAAACAGCACCUGUAUUCAAUCCGUUGGCAGCCAAAGCUGCUAGCAUCAGCCUAUCAACUUUUGGAGCUGGUGGACCUUUUGGAUUUGAUUUCUUUGCCAAAAAAUUGAAGAACCAAAACAAGAGAUCUUCUAAGCAGGAUUCUUCUCAGAGGAGGCAUGAUUCAACUCAUGAAUCUAAAAGCAAUGAUUGGCUGGAAACUGGACAAUGCCCAAUAGCAAAAUCUUACCGAGCUGUAAGCGGUGUUCUUCCUAUAGUUGCAAAGGCUCUCCAACCUCCACCUGGUAUGAAGCUUCGGUGCCCACCAGCUGUAGUUGCUGUCCGUGCAGCAUUAGCCCGAACAGCUCUCAUCAAGAACCUUCGUCCUCAGCCCUUACCAGCAAAGAUGAUUGCCAUUGGGCUUUUAGGAAUGGCAGCUAAUGUACCCCUCGGAAUCUGGAGAGAGCACACAAAAAAAUUCUCCCCACAGUGGUUUGUUGCUGUUCAUGCUGCCGUGCCUUUUGUUGCCAUGCUGAGAAAGUCUGUUUUGAUGCCUAAGACUGCAAUGGCUUUCACCAUUGCUGCAUCAAUUCUCGGACAGACUAUUGGGUCCAGAGCUGAGCGUAUCCGGCUGAAAAUGAAAGCCGAGGCCGAAGCCAUGGCAGGUCAACGUGUAGUUAGCAUUGAACUGAAGAAUGUGGUCUGCUCUGCGAAGACGGGACAUUUUGUUGAUGAAGCAGUUUGGGAGGCCCUCCCUCUUAAUAAAGAAAAUGCACGUUCUGCUACAGUGAGUCCAGCUGCAAGUAUAUGUUAUUGACAUUGGUGAGUUUUAAUGUCUUGUGUAAUUCUUUUUAUGUUUACUGUAUGUUGAAAGACUAUUUAGUUUGUUGUGGCGGCUUUGAAAGUUUCAGAGCCCUCCCCAUGCAAAGGGAGACAUUUACAAAUGAAUAAUGCUUCUGGCUUGUUAUCUGUAUUCGAUUUAACAACUUUGAAAUGCGAGUAUUUUUAAGUUUAUUUUUUUC